AGCGACAGGCAUUUCUCCUUCUACCCAUGUGCACUCACCAUGGCAGAAGAUAUGCCCAUGCCGGACGCCGACGCCGUCAAGGAGCAGACGCUCAUGUAUGGCGGAGAAGAGGAUCUGGAUGCCAAGUACCCCAAUCGGCCCAGCAACAUCCACAAGACCCUGCCGUUUCACACACUUUUCAAUGAGCUGUUUGAUCCGCUGUUGGACACUGUAAAGAAGAACAGGCCCGCAGGCCCGCGUAGGAGGGUCGGCCCUUCCGGACAUUCAAAUUUGUCACCGCACGAGGCGAGGCGCAACAUCAUCGAGAGGUACAUGGCGCAAUGGCGCAAAGAAGUCGGAAAUGAUUUCUACCCGGCGAUGCGACUCAUGAUCCCAGAGAAAGACCGGGAUCGAGCAAUGUACGGAUUGAAGGAAAAGGCCAUUGCAAAGAUAUUGAUCCAGGUCACCAAGAUCAACAAAGACUCCGAUGAUGCCAAGCAAAUGAUCAACUGGAAGCUGCCUGGUCAAUUGCACAAAGCGUCGGCUUCCACCGCGGGAGAUUUUGCGGGGCGUUGCUAUGAGGUCCUGUCGAAGCGGCCUCUGCGAUCGGAAGUCGGCACAAUGAGCAUCGCAGAAGUGAACAACGCCUUAGAUCGACUAUCACAAGUGGGAGGAGAGAAAGAGCAGAUCAAGAUCUUUGAACGGUUCUACCGGCGUAUGAACCCGGAAGAGAUGACCUGGCUGAUCCGGAUCAUCCUACGGCAAAUGAAGAUUGGGGCAACUGAGAAGACAAUUCUGGACAUAUGGCAUCCAGAUGCAGUAGCUCUCUUCAACAUCUCAUCCAAUCUCCGACGAGUAUGCUGGGAAUUAUUCGAUCCGGAGGUGCGACUAGAUGGCGAAGAUACCGGCAUUACCCUCAUGCAGUGCUUCCAGCCGCAGCUCGCUGCUUUCCAGCCCAAGGUUGGCUCCUUCGACAAAAUCGUCGCGAAACUCAAACCGACACCAGAAGAUGAUUCAUUCUGGAUAGAGGAGAAGCUCGAUGGCGAGAGAAUGCAGCUACACAUGAUGGAAGAUCCCUCAGCACCAGGCGGGAGAGUCUUCGGCUUCUGGUCUCGAAAAGCCAAAGACUACGCCUACCUCUACGGGAAGCACUUCACUGGCGACGAAGCCGGAGCCCUGACUCGCUUCAUCAAGGACGCGUUCCACAAAAAUAUCCGAAACAUCAUCUUAGACGGCGAGAUGAUCACCUGGGACAUGGAAACCGAUCAUAUCGUUGGCUUCGGCACGCUCAAAACCGCGGCCAUAUCCGAGAAAGAGAACACCACAGGCUCCAACACUGGUCAACGUCCACUUUUCAGAGUUUUCGAUUGCUUGUAUCUCAACGACACGUUGCUUACGCCUUAUACUCUUCGAGACAGAAGAGCGGCGCUUCAAAGUGCAGUCAAAGGCGUACCCCGCCGCAUCGAGAUCCACCCAUACAUUGAAGCACACUCUCCCAAUCAGGUCGAACCCGAACUCCGUCGAGUGGUCGAAAACGCAUCCGAAGGCCUUGUUCUCAAGAAUCCACGAUCCAUGUACAAGCUCAACGAGCGAAACGACGAUUGGGUCAAAGUGAAGCCAGAGUACAUGUCCGAGUUCGGAGAGAUGAUAGACUGUGUUGUUAUCGGUGGGUACUUUGGAUCCGGGCACCGUGGCGGUGCGCACUCUUCCUUCCUGUGCGGUCUGCUCGUCAACAAAAGGGCGAAAGAAGGUGACCCUGACUAUGAGAAAUGUAUCUCUUUCUUCAAAGUUGGUGGUGGCAUGAGUAGGGAAGACUACGCCUCCAUCCGCGGACGCACAGAGGGUAAAUGGAAAGACUGGGACCAGCGCCGGCCUCCUUCCAUCAUUGAGCUAGGUGGCCACGCAGAGAACCGCCAGCACGAGCGCCCCGAUCAAUGGAUCCACCCUUCCGACUCGGUCGUCCUGGAAUGCAAAGCCGCGAGUGUUGAGUCAACCGACAGGUUCCGCCUCGGCCAAACACUGCGCUUCCCACGAUUCAAGGCCCUUCGCACCGACAAAUCCUGGGACCAAGGCCUCAGUAUUGACGAGUUCUGGGAGGUAAAAAACACAGCCGAAACCGAACACGCCGACAAGGAGAAAGAAUUCAAAAUCGAGCAGAGCCGACGUAAGAAAGCCCGCACCACGAAGAAGCAGCUCGUCGUAGCAGGCAACGACACCCUGCACACACCCUACGCAGGCCCAGCGUCAAAACUCUUCGACGGCCUGCAGAUCUAUAUCAUGACAGACCAGGUCCACCCUACCAAGAAAUCCAAGGCCGAGCUCGAAGCCCUUGUCAAAGCGCACGGCGCCAAACUCGUCCAGCGCGACACCUCGGACAAAAACCUCGUCGUCGUCGCCGACAAGCGCCUCGUCAAAGUAUCCUCCUUGGAAAAACGCGGCCUGACUAACAUCGUAAAACCCAUCUGGAUCCACGACUGCAUCCGCCAGAACGAAAUCGACGUGGGCGCUCUCCCGUACUUGCUGCCCUACGAGGCGAACAGACACAUGUUCUAUCUGCUCGAUGCGGAGCAGCUGGCGGUAGAAGCGAAUAUUGACGAAAAUGGCGAUCCGUAUGCGAGGGACAUAAUGGAUGUCGAGGAGAUGCGUGGGAUUCUAGCGGGCAUGCCGAGGAAAUCUGAAAAAGGGUUCGAUGGCCAAGAGUUCGUGAGGCAGAUGGAGGACCAUGCGCAUUCGAUGGCGCAUCUCAAGAACUACAUGUUUGCUACUAUGAAAGUCGCGUUCGCAGACUCCUGUGAAGACGCAGAGUGGAAUUUCAGAGCGGUUCUUGCGAGGAAUUAUAUCAGGUUUGCGAGUGGGAGUGUCGCGCAAAGUGAACAGGAAGAUGGGAUCACGCAUGUGGUUGUCCCGGAUGGGGGUUAUGUGAGUAAGGGAAGGGGGAGGAUAACGGGCCUCGCGAGGCAGGUGGGUGUGGAGUGGGUGGAGAAAUGCUGGGAGGAGGGGACGAGGGUGGAUGAGGAGAGGUUUCAGUGGGGUUGA